AUGGCGCCUGUGACGACGUGGAAUACGAAGAACCUGGGUCUGCGACUCGGAGUCGAUCUAGCUUCAGCUGCAACAGCAGGAGCGCUCGUAGCUCCAUUGAUCACCAUCAUAGACCGUGGUAUAAUCGAAAACUCGUCCGGGCGCAACACGCUCGGCCAGAGCCUCCAGUCCCAGCUCAAAAACCUCCUCCUCCGCCCCCAUCGCUUCCUCAUCUCGAAGCCCUUCGCCCUGAUCUUCGCCCUCUACACGGGCACAUACAUGACCGCCAACGCAAUAGACACGGCCUCGUCCACGCUGCGCUCAGAGAGUGCAGACAAGGUGACAUCCGGCCUGCCCAAGUUCCUCGCCACCUCGACGGCCAACCUCUCGCUCUGCCUCUACAAGGACUCCCAGUUCACAAAGCUCUUCUCCACACACAAGUCCCCGCGCCCGGUGCCGCCACUCACAAUGCUCCUGUUCGCACUGCGCGACUCCUGCACCGUCUUUGCCUCCUUCAACGUCCCGCCGUUGCUCGCGCCCAGGCUCGCCGACCGCUUUGGCGCGGGCCUGGAAAGACACGUUAGCAGUGCUACGGCGGCGCAGUUCCUCGCGCCUGCUGCCGUGCAGGUUGUCAGUACGCCGCUGCAUCUGCUCGGGCUCGAUCUGUAUAAUCGGGACGGGGUGCGGGCGCGCGAGCGCGUGGCUAAGGUUGCGUCGGAAUGGGGCAAGAGCUGUCUUGCGAGGAUCGCGCGGAUCGUGCCGGCGUUUGGGCUUGGGGGUGUUGUGAAUGCGCGGAUGCGGUGUGGGUUGAUGGCGGGGGUUGAGUAG